UGCGACCGGCGGCGAUUCACGGCCGCGCCGCCAUGCCGCCAGUGCCCGCUGCUAUCUGCUGAUGUCAUCGGUGUGGUUUGAGGCUGUUUCCUUGUGCUCCCUAUUCGGACAACGAGCUCCGUGAAUUUAAAGGAGAGGCACAAAAGCCUCUGCUUCCAGCGAGCUGUUUGCAGGCAUGAAGUUGUUUGCUGAAGGAUUUAACAGAUGAAUGAAAUUCUCAUGUUUAACUCAUUUGGUUUCCGCAGUUGCAAACAGAAGAUUGCUUUGACGGAAUCAACAAGCCUGAGAAGCCGGACAGGCCAGAGAGCUGUGAUAAUGUCAAGGUGGUUGUUCGGUGCCGGCCCCUUAAUGAGCGAGAGAAAGCGACGGGGUACAAAAUGGCAGUCAGUGUGGAUGAGAUGAGAGGAACCAUCACAGUCCACAAAGCAGACUCGUCCAAUGAACCUCCCAAGACAUUCACAUUUGACACUGUUUUUGGACCAGAGAGUAAGCAGCUGGAUGUCUAUAACCUAACUGCAAGACCUAUUAUUGACUCCGUCUUGGAAGGCUACAAUGGCACUAUUUUUGCAUAUGGGCAGACUGGAACAGGCAAGACUUUUACCAUGGAAGGGGUCAGAGCAGUUCCUGAGCUUAGAGGCAUUAUUCCAAAUUCCUUCGCCCAUAUAUUUGGUCACAUUGCCAAAGCAGAGGGGGAUACAAGGUUUUUAGUUCGUGUGUCUUACCUGGAAAUUUACAAUGAAGAAGUGCGGGACCUGCUAGGAAAAGACCAGUCACAGAGAUUAGAGGUUAAAGAGAGACCUGAUGUGGGAGUUUAUAUCAAAGACCUUUCAGCUUAUGUCGUAAACAACGCAGAUGAUAUGGACAGAAUCAUGACUCUGGGCCACAAGAACCGUUCUGUUGGUGCCACAAACAUGAACGAGCACAGCUCUCGCUCGCACGCCAUCUUCACCAUCACCAUCGAGUGCAGUGAGAAGGGAGUUGAUGGGAACAUGCACGUGCGCAUGGGCAAACUGCACCUCGUGGAUCUUGCUGGUUCUGAAAGACAAGCAAAAACCGGAGCAACGGGGCAGCGACUGAAGGAAGCUACUAAGAUCAACCUCUCUCUUUCUACCCUGGGGAAUGUCAUUUCUGCACUGGUGGAUGGCAAAAGCACUCACGUGCCCUACCGCAACUCCAAGCUUACACGACUCCUUCAGGAUUCCCUGGGGGGCAACUCCAAAACCAUGAUGUGUGCAAACAUUGGUCCAGCAGACUACAAUUACGAUGAGACUAUCAGCACUCUGAGAUACGCAAACCGAGCCAAGAACAUUAAGAACAAGGCCAGGAUUAAUGAAGACCCCAAGGAUGCUUUGCUGCGUCAGUUUCAGAAAGAAAUUGAAGAGCUUAAGAAAAAACUGGAAGAAGGAGAAGAGAUAUCUGGUUCUGAGACAAGUUCUUCUGAAGAAGAAGAUGAAGAGGAUGAUGGGGAGAUUGGAGAAGAUGGGGAGAAGCGGAAGAAACGGCGGGGCAGUAGCAGCAGCAGUAGUUCAGACUCCACAUGCUCUGUCAUAGAGAAACCUCUGGAUAAGUCCUUCACUAAUCAAGCAGGGAAAAAGAAAGUUUCCCCUGAUAAGAUGGUAGAGAUGCAAGCAAAGAUUGAAGAGGAGAGAAAAGCUCUUGAAACUAAGCUUGAUAUGGAAGAAGAAGAAAGAAAUAAAGCCAGAGCUGAACUGGAGAAGAGAGAAAAAGAUUUGCUUAAAGCUCAACAAGAGCACCAGUCCCUGCUGGAGAAACUGUCUGCGCUGGAGAAGAAGGUGAUUGUAGGAGGGGUGGACUUGCUGGCAAAAGCAGAAGAACAAGAGAAGCUUCUAGAAGAAUCAAAUAUGGAGCUGGAAGAACGAAGGAGGAGAGCAGAGCAGCUUCGCAAAGAACUCGAGGAAAAGGAGCAAGAACGCUUGGACAUUGAGGAGAAGUACACCAGCCUCCAGGAAGAAGCACAGGGAAAAACAAAAAAACUGAAGAAAGUUUGGACCAUGCUUAUGGCUGCAAAAUCAGAGAUGGCAGAUCUGCAACAAGAGCAUCAGAGAGAGAUUGAAGGCUUACUGGAGAACAUUCGGCAGCUGAGCAGGGAACUUCGUCUUCAGAUGCUUAUCAUAGACAACUUCAUUCCUCAGGACUACCAGGAAAUGAUUGAGAACUAUGUUCACUGGAAUGAAGACAUUGGAGAAUGGCAGCUGAAAUGUGUUGCAUAUACAGGAAACAAUAUGAGGAAGCAGACUCCUGUCCUGGACAAGAAAGAAAAAGAUCCCUUUGAGGUGGACCUUUCCCAUGUUUACUUAGCUUACACUGAAGAAAGCUUGAGGCAAUCUCUGAUGAAGCUAGAGAGGCCGAGGACUUCAAAGGGAAGAUCCAGGCCCAAGACUGGUCGAAGAAAACGUUCUGCAAAGCCAGGCGCUGUCAUUGAGUCCCUGCUGCAGUAGGUGUGACGUGUUCAGAAUUGCCGUAAAAAGCAGUGAGUGGGAAAGGUUUGGCCAGAAUAUGGAAGUUGAGAUGGCACAGUUUGAAGUGGCUGUAGAAUCCAUGCCUUGCUGGGAUGGAGAUUUAAUUUAAAAAAAAAUAUAUGUAUUUUUCCUUAGUUGCCUGUAUACUGUAUGUUAUAUUAACAUAAUAUUAAACUGGUAUAUUUUAUGGUUGUGGAAUUCCAUGUGUUAAACGAUGUGUUGUGCAGGGAACUAUUGUUGGUAAUCCUUGAAAUGUAGAGGAAAUGAGGAUUCUAGAUGUGUUCAAGUACUAGUCAUUAUAGCUCCAAAUGGUCGAUGGAAUCCUAAAACUUAAUGCUGGUAAAUCUGUGUCCUGCUUUGCACAUCACUGGCAGCUUUCACUGUUGUCUUCUGUUGCACUGAUCCGUUUGAAUGUGGUUGCUGCAAACCUUUGAGUUAAGAGCGUCCAGCCUUUUUAUUUCAAUAUUUCACUGUAGUUAUUAAGCUGAUCAUGUUGUGUAUUUGAGACACAACUCUCUUCAUCUGCAGUCUUGCUGUACAAAAAGUAGUUGGGUAGAAGAGUACUCAGAGCUAUAUUAGCCUGAGGUUUGUGGGAAGGGACCAUGCUCUGUUUAAGUGCAACACUAGUAGUCUAAUGCUUUGAUUUUUGUCUAUUUGUGUGAUCUGCUGGCAACGUGGAGAGUGAGGGCUGAUGCACAGAUAAGAGAGCUGUUUUCCUCCUCUGAAGGCUGCACUGCUGCAUUGCUUUGGCUGCUUUUCAUGCUUCUGAGCUGGAAGUGGUUUUAAUUGGUGUGAAUUGUUUUGUCGUGGUCUGGACAGCAGAGAUUAUUUGAGGGGAAGGCUUUAACACCAGGGGGACUGAACACUAUGGCUCCAUUUGUCUCACCCCUGGCCGCAGCUGAGGAUGAAUUUCUCCUGUGUUAGAAUAGGUGUGAAUUUCCCAGUUGUCCCAGUGCUGCAACAUCCCCUGAAAUAGCUGAUGCUGUUCGUGUCUGUGUGCACCAUCUCCUCUUUCUGACUGCUUUGAGGGGAAAGAAAUCUGGUCUCUGCUGAUAACCAUUUAUGGUGGCUGCUCUUUUUCUUUGCUUUUUGUGCUGCUAACAGACACUGAACCUCUCAAUGCAUUGCUUUUGUGUCACAGAAAUGAAUCUGCUUUGAGCUGUGUGCUGCAUCAACUCCUGCUGGAGCGCAGCAGUUGCAGGAACUUUAGCAGUUCCCUUGUCAGUGUGGUGUUAAUUAGGUGUGAUUUUCAUUUAAUCUCCGUGUAUCCUAGAGUUACAAAAAAAGCUGUGAUUAAUAACAGACUGAAUACUUGAGCUUGGUAGAAGGAGCAAGACAACUCCUUGGUGUCUCAUGCCUGAUCGUAGCCAUGUCUGCAAUUACCAGAACAUUCCUGUGAAGUGCUGACUGCACUUGGAGCAGAUUGCCCUUUCUCAUGGUCACAGUGUUGAGCUGGAUGCACCUCACCAGUCUGUAGCAGCUCCAGCUGUGACAGUUACCAUGGGUCUUGCAGGGGCACCUGUUGAUCUGGAGCUGCAUUCAGUGCAAUUUGAAAAGAGCUCUCAGCUUCCCCGUGUGCUUUUUCUGAAGUGUUUCUUCAGAUUGUGCUGGGGGAGGAGAACCUGGUCGUCAUCUUGGGGGAGAGGUGAGCAGGCCUGGCUUUGUCACCCAAAGCUACGACUGCAAACACUGGCAGUUCUUUCUGGUCCAGCAUUUGGGAAGAGGUGAGGAGUCAGGAUUUUUGUCUGAUCUAAAGUAGUCAGAUUUCUUCUGGAGGAGUUCACCUUGUUUUGAAUGUGCUCCAGCUAAGAAUAUCGUGUUGAAUUUGACAGCUAAGACAGACUGAAAAUAUCUCAAAUGCCAGUUUAGAAACAGGCAGGGAUGUUCUGGACUGAGCAGAAAACAAGGGCAAACUUUAUUUCCUCUUGUUUAAUGUUUUGCUGUGCUUUACUCUGUUGAAUAAUCGGUUCUUAAGGGUGUUUCUCCUGAACUGUACUUCAAUUCUCUGAAUUCUUCACUCAGCAGAUCAUCAGCAAAUGAAAACUGGGACUGUGCAUCCUGACUCUGCAUUUACAGCACGUAAAAUCUAACUAGGAAGGGUUGAAUUCCUGUUAUUUCUGCUGAAAACAAAAGUGCUCUGCAUGUUGUAAAGACCCAUGAGGCAGAGAAAAACUUCAAGUAAAUAAUGGCACUGCUUUGUAAUUAGAUGGGAGGAACUGGUUGAUUUCCUGGUACAGGGGCUUGUUUUGGAGAACAAAUUCUCUGCUCUUACCAGAGGACUUUGUUUUGAUGUAGAACAGUCUUCAUGAUGAUCUGUCAGCUUGGCUUACAUUUUCACUGUGCUGUUUUGCUUAAGUUUUGGAAACUUCCUUUCAAAACAGAGCCCUGCUUGCAGGUUUGCUGUAUGGGCCCUCUCUGCAGCUCUGGACAGUCUGCAAUAAUGUCAAAUGUCCCUUUACCAUGUCUUAAAGGAGAAGGACUUAAGUUUGUGUGUGUUUUUGAUGGCUCAGUUGAUGGAGCCAUCUUCAUCCCAGGCCCGUCCAUGCCACUUAACUCUAGCAUGCAUAUAAUGUCUAUUCAUUCCUUGCAUCUCGUCACCAAAGCUUCCCCUCGUUCCAGCAAAUCGCAGAGAGUUUCUCUGGCCGUGUUGUUUAAUGCUGUGUAAAUGAAUCAUUUCAGAAUUAACUUGUUGUGGAACCUUUCUUCAGGUUCAAGGGAAGUGAAAAUGGUCCUUAGUGCCUUUCAGUAACUAACUCAGUCUGCACACCCAGCUCUCACCUUUCUCAGCAGUUCUGCUUAGCUGGUUCUGUACAGAAGAAAAACUGCUUAUCUGUUUGUAUAACGUGUCUGGCUAUUUAUUUGUUUUCCAACUGUUUAUUUUAAUAUCCUUUGUUGUAUGGUUAAAUUUUAUUCCCUACGCUGUACAUAUCAGUAUUGUGUUCCUGGAGCAUGAAAUAAAAUUGUUGAUUCCUA